UAUGAAGCACAUCGGAUCUGUGGCUUAUUAUAUUACCAAUUUAGUAUAAUUAUUAAUAAUAGGAAAAUGUUACAUAAAACGGCUGCGCUGCGCUCGAAGCGCAUACGUCAGAUGGCAUACUAUUCGACAGCAAAACCCCGGAAAGUAAUAGCCAUCCGUCGCGAAGACCAGUCAGUAUGGGAGCGGCGGGCGCCAUUCGCUCCAUUAAACGUGAAUCGCUUUGUGCGGAACGGAGUCAAGGUCAUCGUGCAGCCCUCCAAUAGGCGCGCUUACCCCAUGCAGUCCUACAUAAGCGCUGGCGCAGUGAUCCAAGAAGACAUCAGCGAAGCCAACGUGAUCUUUGGCGUGAAGCAGACCCCCAUAGACCUCCUCAUCCCGAACAAGACUUACUGCUUCUUUUCCCACACCAUCAAGGCACAGGAGGCCAAUAUGCCCAUGCUGGAUGCCAUUUUGGCUAAGAACAUCAGACUGAUAGACUACGAAAAGCUGAUGGACGAUGCAGGCAACCGGGUGGUAGCAUUUGGGAAGUACGCGGGCGUCGCGGGCAUGAUUAACAUACUACACGGACUCGGGCUGCGACUGCUGGCGCUGGGGCACCACACGCCCUUCAUGCACAUCGGACCAGCUCACAACUACCGCAACUCCAGCAUGGCGCGGCAAGCCAUCAGAGACGCCGGGUACGAGGUGGCGCUCGGCAUGAUGCCUAAAUCACUGGGACCGCUGACGUUCGUGUUUACCGGCUCAGGAAACGUUUCCCAGGGAAGUCAAGAAAUAUUCUCAGAGUUACCUCACGAAUACGUUCCACCGGAAAUGCUCAGAAAAGUUGCGGAACACGGAAGUCCAAACAAGAUCUAUGGUUGCGAGGUGCGCCGGCGUCACCAUUUGGAGAGGAAAAAUGGCGGCGGUUACGACGCGCAGGAGUAUGAAGAACACCCUGAGCGAUACAUCUCUACCUUCGCGCAGAAGAUAGCGCCAUAUACAUCUGUCCUGGUGAACUGCAUCUACUGGGCGGUGGACAGCCCCAAAUUGCUGACCAUCCCCGACGCCAAGCACCUCCUUAUCCCCUCCAACACGCCCUGGCUGCCCAAGAGCAUCGGCGCGCCCGCUCUGCCGCACCGAAUGCUGGCUAUUUGUGACAUCUCAGCGGACCCCGGCGGCUCCAUUGAGUUUAUGAAUGAGUGCACCACAAUCGACACGCCCUUCUGUCUUUAUGACGCCGAUCGGAAUAAGGACACUAAGAGUUUCAAGGGCCCCGGCGUGCUGGUGUGCUCCAUUGACAACAUGCCGACGCAGCUGCCGCGCGAGUCUACGGACUUCUUCGGAGACUUGCUCUUCCCCUAUGCUGAGGACAUCAUGAAGUCUGAUGCUUCACGUCCGUUGGAGGAACACAACUUCUCGCCCGUGGUUCAGGGAGCUAUAAUCACGAGUAACGGCAAACUGACACCGCCUUUCGAAUACAUCAACGAAUUGCGAUCAUCAAACAAUCGAUCUCGCCACAAGGUGGAAGGCGACCACCAGAACUUGGACUCGGUGGUUAUCCUCGGCAGUGGACUGGUGUCAGCUCCGGUGAUCGAGUACCUCGCUAAGGAGAAGAAUAUCUCUGUUACUAUCGCGUCCCAAGUAAAGGAGGAGGCGGACGCGCUAGCGGAGCGGUACGGCGUGCGCUCCGCGUACCUACAAGCCGACGACGAUGCUGCGUUACGCGCUAUGGUGUCGCGCGCGCGACUCGUGGUGUCUUUGUUGCCUUAUGAACUGCAUGGUGCCGCUGCGAGAGCCGCUAUUGAAGCUGGAGCUCAUAUGGUCACGGCUUCGUAUGUGAGGCCUGAGGUUCAGGAGUUACAUAGCCGUGCUAAGGAGGCCGGAGUGACGAUCCUCAACGAAGUCGGCCUGGACCCCGGCAUCGACCAUCUUCUGGCUCUCGAGUGCAUCCACGACGUCCAGAACCAUGGCGGAAGAGUCGACUCCUUCGUUUCUUACUGCGGAGGUCUGCCGGCGCCUGAGUUCAGUGACAACGCGCUGAGGUACAAGUUUUCGUGGAACCCGCGAGGCGUCCUGCUCAACACAAUCUCCGAGGCUAAAUACCUGAGCAGAGGACAGGUAGUGGAGGUCCUCAGCGGCGGCGAGCUGAUGUCCGUAGCUCGUGAACUAGACUUCCUCCCCGGCUUCGCCUUCGAGGGCUUCCCGAACCGCGACAGCACGCAGUACGCCAAGUUGUACGGAAUAGAGGACGCACACACCAUCUUCCGUGGCACCAUCCGGUACAGAGGUUUCGCUGAAACAAUGAUCGCUAUGCAGCUGUUCGGUUUGGUGGACCCGAACCCUCACCCCUCACUCCAUCCAGAAGGACCUGAAAUUACUUGGCGUCAAUUCGCCUGCGACCUGCUAGGCCUCACCGACUCCUCCAUCUUCUAUGAGAACCUGAAGACGCGGCUGACGGAGCGCAUCGGCGGCGCCGGCGCGGCCGGGCUCGAGUCUCUGGGGCUGCUCGAGGAUAGUGUUAUCGUCAAGAGGAACACGCCGCUCGACACUGUUAGCCAUUACCUGACUCACAAGUUGAAAUUAGGCAACGACGAGACAGACUUCGUGGUGCUUCGGCAUGAAGUUGGCGUGACAUGGCGAGACGGGCGCAAGGAGAGGCGUGAAGUCACCAUGACUGUCCGCGGCGAGCCAGCGGGAUACACGGCUAUGGCGCGCACCGUGGGGCUGCCCACUGCUAUUGCCGCUAAGAUGAUACUAGACGGUGAAAUUCAAGAGCGAGGUGUUGUGCUUCCCUUCGCACCGGUCGUCUACAAGUCGCUGCUGUCGCGGUUGCGCGCGCAUGGCGUCACAGCUCGUGAGAUAAGCCGCCCUCUCAACUAAACGUCAUAUGUUAGAGCGGGAUAACAGCGUGUGCUCCCGCUCGCACUUAUCUUGUUAAAAUUCAAGAGCGAGGAGUUGUGCUUCCCUUCGCACUGGUCGUCUACAAGUCGCAGCUGCGCGCGCAUGGCGUCACAGCUCGUGAGAUAAGCCGCCCGCUCAACUAAACGUCAAAUGUUAGAGUGGGAUAACAGCGUGUGCUCCCGCUCGCACUCAUCUUGUUAAAACUCAAGAGCGAGGAGUUGUUCUUCCCUUCGCACUGGUCGUCUACAAGUCGCGGCUGCGCGCGCAUGGCGUCACAGCUCGUGAGAUAAGCCGCCCACUCAACUAAACGUCAUAUGCGGGAUAACAGCGUGUGUUCUCGCUCGCACUCAUCUUGUUAAAACUCAAGAGCGAGGAGUUGUGCUUCCCUUCGCACCGGUCAUCUACAAGUCGCAGCUGCGCGCGCAUGGCGUCACAGCUCGUGAGAUAAGCCGCCCGCUCAACUAAACGUCAAAUGUUAGAGUGGGAUAACAGCGUGUGCUCCCGCUCGCACUCAUCUUGUUAAAACUCAAGAGCGAGGAGUUGUUCUUCCCUUCGCACUGGUCGUCUACAAGUCGCGGCUGCGCGCGCAUGGCGUCACAGCUCGUGAGAUAAGCCGCCCACUCAACUAAACGUCAUAUGCGGGAUAACAGCGUGUGUUCUCGCUCGCACUCAUCUUGUUAAAACUCAAGAGCGAGGAGUUGUGCUUCCCUUCGCACCGGUCAUCUACAUGUCGCGGCUGCGCGCACAUGGCGCCACAGCUCGUGAGAUAAGCCGCCCGCUCAACUAAACGUCAUAUGUUAGAGCGGGAUAACAGCAUCAGGAUUCAUACUAUAGCUACUGUGUCUAGUAUUGCAUUUGGGACUUCUUAACGGGAACAACGAGAUUUCACAAUUUAAACAUAACGAUUUAUAAAGUUUUAUGUAUAUUUAAUUUAAAAGUAGGUAAGUAUGAAAACAUGAGUCACUGUGUAGGUAUUUUCGAAUGUAUUGUAAAAAAAUACGGAGAUGUGUUUUUAAUUUAUGUAUAUUAAAUAAAAAGAAAAGUAGCCUUUAAGUAUUUCAAGUUAGUUACAUUUUAAUUGUUGCAGUCUUAUAAAUAUUUAAAUGAAAACAAACGUUUUGUAUAAUCUAACUAGUAAACAAGAAAAUUCUAAUUAAAAUAUCUGCUUUUGUAGACCUGCUACAAGCCUGCUACGGGCCUACGUCGUAGCAGUUGCUACGAGUGCUACGUCAUGGUUUACACACUUUUUAUUUUAGGGUUCCGUAUCCAAAGGGUAAAAACGGAACCCUAUUACUACAAGACUCCGCUGUCCGUCCGUCUGUCUGUCUUUCUGUCUGUCUGUCCGUCUGUGACUAGGCUAUAUCUCAUGAACCGUGAUAGCUAGACAGUUGAACUUUUCACAGAUGAUGUAUAUCUGUUGCCGCUAUAACAACAAAUACUAAAAACAGAAUAAAAUAAAUAUUUAAGCGGGGCUCCCAUACAACAAACGUGAUUUUUUGCCGAUUUUUGCGUAAUGAUACGAAACCCUUCGUGCGCAAGUCCGACUCGCACUUGGCCGGUUUUUUGAAGUUUAGCACAAAAAUUUAUUUCGAAAUGUAACAUUUCAAUGUUUUACCGUAUUUAUAUUUAUUAAAAAUACUGUAAAACAUAUUUCUUAAAAUAUUUCUUUACGCCCCGGUCGCGCGCUGCGCUCUCAAUUGCGUUAUUGUAAUAAUAAUAAGUUGCUUAUUAAAAACAGUACUGAGCGGUCGGCAGAAGGUCGUGAAUCUGCUGUCGCGGGGCGAGGUAAUUCGAAUCGGGGCGGGGCGGUGCGUGGCCGUUCUGUAUGAUAAUACUAUUACUUAUUCUGUGGUAUGGCAACCCUAAUCAAAAGAGACUUGAAUGAACUUUCAUACCAUCUUUCGACGCGAGAGGUAUAAUUAAGUACCUUAGUUAAUAACAUGUUGUUAUUAUUAAGGCGAUAACCGUAAGAACGUAACUAUAAAAAUAUUGUUUUUGUGUAAAUGUUAUGUUUGUACUAGAUUU